AUGAUCCAGACAGCUGUCCCCGAGAUCUUCGAGGACGACUCGACCUCGGUGGUAGAGAUUCGCACAGAGAACCUGCAGUCUCUACGGGAAUUGGGCCCGCCCGAUCUAGUCCACCUGGUCAAGCAACCCGUCAAGUCGACCGGCAAGCAGGUCGGAGUCUAUCAUCACGUCACAGGCGCCGAUGCCUCCUCGUCCGCCAGUCUUGCCGCCUACAUCAACACCCUCGUCUACUCUCCGCACGACAAGACCAACAAAGUCACCUCGGGGCUCUACUGCUGUUACAAUGCCUUCUCUCGACUCGACAUGCGCGUCCAAGUCCAGAUUCCUGGCACCGUAGAGAGCUACUGCGUCAACGAGCGUGGCGACAAGCUCGAAGCUUCGGAAGAACACUGGCUGGAGACCUACCUGUGCAGUGUCCUGCGCGCUUACUCGUACGCCGACGAUGGCUCGGGGGAUACCAUCAAGAAGAUUGUUGGAGUCCGCCGCUUCAAUCCCAUCACAAACACCGAGGCCGAGCACAAGUUCCUCGAUGCUGCCGAACGUCUCUUCUUUGCUGGCUGGCAGCUGGGCUCCGAUCCCGAGAUCCAAGUACCCAAUCUCGUGUCCAAUCACCUAACCACCGGCCUCCUGAACUACGUUAGAACCACUGGCCGCUACGCCUCAGGCAUCAACCUCUUCGAGAAGCUACGCACACGCGACCCGGAGAUAUCAUCUCUGCUCGCCCGUGUUUACAUUAUGGGAGACGAGGAAGUCAAGGCUGUGCAGUUGCUGCGCGAAGCCAUUCACACCAUGCCCAUGGACUACCCUUUGCUCGAUUGCCAGGCCGAGUAUUGUUUGUCCAAAGGCAGAAGCGACUUGGCUCUGGAAAUUGCAAAGAGAAGUGUCAUCUCGGCACCCAGCGAGUUCGCGACCUGGGCGAGGUUGGCCGAAGUCUACAUCAGCAUGGAGCAGUGGGACAUGGCCCUGUUGACUCUCAACUCGUGCCCCAUGUUCACCUACCAGGACAAGGACUCACCGCGUAUGCCUGAACCUGCUCGCGUUUCUCUUCCACUCGCUCCAGAAGCCAUGUGCGACGAGAUUGACGACUCCAACACCGUAGGGGAAGAGCUCGUACACCCUAAUCUGCGCAGAUUGAGUGCUGCGAAUUAUAAGGGCACCUUCCAGAAAGCAUACUCUCUCCUAACUGAAGUCACCAAGCGCAUCGGCUGGGAUCACCUUCUCAAGAUCCGUAGUCAGGUUUUUGUCAUGGAAGAAGAGUACCGCCACGAAAGACAGGCUGUCGUCCAGCAGGAGGCCCAUUCGCGAAGCGCUAGUACCACUGCUCUGCGGAGUCCUGCUACCACUGAUGAUCGUCCAUCAACUGCUGGUUCCGUCUUCACCAACGGCGAUACGCCACCCGCUUCUGCUGCUUUGGGAGACGAUGUUCCAAAACCACAACACACAAUUACGGCAGUGCCCUCGAUGGAGACCCCAGAUCCUCAGCCCCCAGCAGCUGAUCCGCAGCACCUUCAAUACACCCAGUUCCAGCACAAGCGUCUUUGCGAGCGUUGGCUCGACAAUCUCUUCAUGGUUCUGUAUGAAGAUUUGCGCAUCUAUACCAUCUGGAGAACAGAGGCUCAACAAUACAAGUCGCAACAACUCGCUUACAAGAAGUCUGCCGACGAGUGGGAGAUUCUUGGUGAGCUUGCAGACCGCUUGCAUAGACCAGACGAUGCAGCCGAAGCCUGGGAAGCAUGCCUCAACAUGCGUUUCUCGCCCAAGGGCAUGCGCGGCAUUCUCUCUGCCUAUGAGAGAUACGGCGACGUACGGGGAGAGCUGGGUGCUCUGAUCAGACUGAUCGCUUGGCAGUACAAGUGGUACUCAGAGUUCUCACCGUCCUUAGUCCAUGUCAUCAGGAAAUUGAUCGAAGAAGAAGGUGCUGUCAAGGUCAGAAGUAUCAUCCAGGCAACCUCUCUUCCUCAGCAUAUUCUGGACCUGACACAUCAAUACGCCGGUUUGUGUGCUGCUUUCAGAAGUAGUGGGAGUGAAGCUUGA